AUGAACUGGUUCUCUCGUAGCCUGAGGAUUGGGUUAUCCACACUUCAAACGGCUGGGGCGAGGGGUCCGGUUUCUCGAUCUAUAGGACAAAGAUUCACCAGUACCACCACCCAAGGAAAAUCGAAAUCGUCGUCCUCGAAUGCGACGCCAAUCUUAAUCGGGUCUGCCAUUCUAUCUGGGGUUGUGGGGUACACAAUUGCGCGAAAAGACACCUCUGCUCCAUCAUCUGAAGUAGUGCAAGGGAGGAGGUCGCAAUUUGGGAAAUAUGGAACGCCCCAGGACUUCGUGGAAGCGGUAAAGGAGCUUAGGGAGGCGUUCAAGCACGGCGAAGACGUUGUUACGACAGAUCCGGAUGAGCUUAGGAUCCAUGGGUUUUCGGAGAACGACCAUCAUCCUGAAAGUUCCCAUAGUGUUAUAGUAUAUCCUCUCUCUACAGAAGAUGUCGUCAAGAUUGUGAGGAUUGCUACAAAGUACCGCAUGCCCAUCACUCCCUAUUCAGGCGCCACCAGUCUCGAAGGGCAUUUCCGCGCAAAUGUAGCUGGUGGCAUUUGCGUGGACAUGUCCCAUAUGAAGCGUAUCUUGGAAAUACAUGAGGCAGAUUCUGAUCUAGUAUGUCAACCGGGCAUUGGGUGGGUCGAAAUCAACGAAACUCUGAAGGAGAAAGGUAUUCCACUGUUCUUUCCUAUUGAUCCUGCCCCUGGUGCGACAAUCGGCGGAAUGCUCAGCACAGGAUGUUCCGGGACCAACGCCGUCAGAUACGGAACAAGCAAGGCUGAAUGGUUUCUGAACGCCACCGUCGUUUUACCCUCUGGAGAGGUUAUCAAAACACGAAGGAGGUCCCGGAAAUCUUCAGCAGGUUUCGACACCACAAAAUUGUUCAUUGGGGCGGAAGGAACCUUGGGAAUUGUUACUGAAGUCACCAUUCGGCUUGCUCCGGUUAUACCAACAACCGUAGCGGUUGUGCACUUCCCCGAUGUUCGCAAAGCCACGGAAGCAGUUAUUGAGGUCAUGAAUCAAGGCGUUGGUAUCCAAUGUGUUGAACUGCUUGAUGACGUAUUCAUGCAUGCUGUGAACCUUUACGGACAGUCUUCUCGCAAGUGGCCCGAACUCGAUUCUCUAUUUUUCAAACUCCAAGGACACUCCCAAGAAUCAUUACAGGAAUCUGCUAAAGUGGUGAAGGAGGUCGUAGAGCGCCACGGAGGGACAGGUUUCCGACUUGCUAAAGAUUCUAAGGAGGCCGAUGAUCUAUGGCACGACAGGAAGAAUGCUUUGUAUUCCGGUUUAGCGCUGGUUGAGGGAAGUAGGGGAUGGAGUACGGAUGUUUGUGUCCCUGUAUCGAGGCUCCCGGACUUGGUUUACGAAACAAAGCAAGAUUUGGUGAACAUAGGACUGGUUUCUACGGUCGUCGGUCAUGUAGGAGAUGGGAAUUUCCAUGCGUUGAUAUUGUUCAAGACGGACGAGGAACUGGCAAGAGCCCGAGAUGCGGUCCAUCGAAUGGUGGAAAGGGCUAUCAAGCUGGAUGGAACAUGUACGGGAGAACAUGGUGUCGGCAUUGGCAAGAAGGAGUUCCUGACUGAAGAACUUGGUGAAGGAACGGUUGAGUUGAUGAGGACCAUAAAGCGAGCUAUAGAUCCACUGGGGUUGUUUAAUCCGGGAAAGCUUUAUCCAGAUGAGCUACCUUCGAAGCAUGAGAUGGCUCAUAAAGGGAACAAAUGA